CAGCUCCUCCAGGACUGGAGAGCAAGUUUGAGCAGGCUGGGUGGGGGUGGGGGAGAUGAAGCUGUGUUCUGGUUGUGUGUCACCAACCCCGCUCCUCCAAGGUGCUGGCUGUGCACUCCUCACUACUCAGAAAAAGCCCACAGUUCUGCCCUCUCCCCUUCCUGUGUUCACGUCAUCCUGGACCCUUACCUCCUUCCAUCUGGCCUCAGCUCCAGCAGGCGAUGCCCCAUUAGCUGCUCACCCAGGCUGCUGGUGCCUUGAGCUAAUGGCCCUGCCACCCCACCCUUCUCUCCCUUCCGGCCCACUGCCCAUCCCAGGCACCCUCCCUCAGCCCAGCACGGGGACUCCAGAGCCUCAGAGACAUCUGGCAGCACUAAGAGAGUCUCAGAAAUUAAGCAGCCUUCGCUCUUCUGGGACCUGCACGCUUUCGUUCUGUCUUCUCUUGUCAAUCCUCGAUCACAUUCUGUAUUUUAAGAGGCGAUACAGUGGGAAGAAAGCAGAGGACUGAGGUGUCGCUUAUCAUCCGGGCUCCCCUGCUAACUGGCUGCCACUUCCCUCUGUGGGCCUCCGUCUGCCCAAGGCUUCUAAUACCCUGAGCGGUUUGUGACUCCAGAGCUUCCCUCCUCAGGCCUGAGAUCUGAGGGCAGGGAACAGUGAGCAUAGGAGCCAAUUGGGCCACCGGGCCCCAUGGACCUGCCCCCGCAGCUCUCCUUUGCCCUUUAUGUGGCCGCCUUUGCACUGGGCUUCCCACUCAAUGUCCUGGCCAUUGGGGGCGCUGUGGCCCACGCCCGGCUCCGCCUCACUCCCAGCCUUGUCUAUGCCCUCCACCUGGGCUGCUCAGACCUAUUGCUGGCGGCUUCUCUUCCCCUGAAGGCGGUGGAGGCCCUGGCUGCGGGAGCCUGGCCUCUGCCGGCCCCGCUCUGUCCUGCCUUUGCCCUGGCCCACUUUGCUCCGCUCUAUGCGGGUGGCGGCUUCCUGGCUGCCCUGAGUGCUGGCCGUUACCUAGGAGCCGCCUUCCCCUUGGGCUACCAAGCUGUUAGGAGGCCCUGCUAUUCCUGGGGCGUGUGUGUGGCCAUAUGGGCCCUUGUCCUCUGUCACCUGGGGCUGGUCUUUGGGUUGGAGGCUCCGGGAGGCUGGAUGGACAAUACCACCAGCUCCCUAGGCAUCAACACACCAGUCAAUGGCUCUCCAGUCUGCCUGGAGGCCUGGGACCCAGCCUCAGCAGGCCCUGCUCGCCUCAGCCUCUCUCUCCUGCUCUUCUUUCUGCCCCUGACCAUCACAGCCUUCUGCUACGUGGGCUGCCUCCGGGCACUGGCCAGCUCAGGCCUGAGUCACAGACGGAAACUAAGAGCAGCGUGGGUGGCUGGCGGGGCACUGCUCACACUGCUGCUCUGCUUGGGACCCUACAAUGCCUCCAAUGUGGCUGGCUUCUUGCACCCCGACAUGGGAGGCCGCUGGAGGAAGCUGGGGCUCCUCACAGGUGCUUGGAGCGUGGUGCUCAACCCAUUGGUGACCGGCUACUUGGGAAGGGGGAUUGGCCGGGGGACAUCAUGUGGGACAAGAAUCAAAGGGGGUACAUCUCAGAAGUAGUAGCCUCUGCU